GCAUUCUCUCCCUGACACGCCAUCAUGCCGUCUUUUUAAUCACGGCGACUUCCCUCCUCAACCUUUCCAUCCGGUGAUGCCCCUUUAGCUUCCCGCGAGUUCUAGUGCCUCGAACGGCUGCGUGCGCCCCAAGAACGGAUGCUCACAUGGGUCGCGAAUGACUGCAGUCGCAGGAUCACGAACUUGACAUGUUGCGGAGAACAUACCUUUUCUUGGUGUUGGUAAGGCUCUGGUUUGCCUUAUCACCAAGCUAUCUUCACCCAGAUGAGAACUUUCAAGGGCCAGAGGUUAUAGCCGGACAGAUCUUUCAUUAUCCCGUCCGGCACACGUGGGAAUUCACGAACGAACACCCGAUCCGUAGCGUUUUCCCACUAUGGCCUGUAUACGGGCUGCCGAUGCUGCUUCUUCGCUGGCUUUGGAUCGGAAAUGGAAACGAUGGCGAGAUCCCGCCUAUCGCAGUGUUCUGGACCCUGCGCGUUCUCAUGUUCGCCAUAAGCUUCGUCCUGGAGGAUUGGGCUAUCCACGAGCUCAUACCAUCGCCGAGACAUAGGCGCGUUGCUGUCCUCAUUGUCGCCUCCUCCUACGUGACCUGGACGUUCCAGACACACACCUUUUCGAACUCAGUGGAAACAUUAGUAGUAGCAUGGUGUCUGGUGCUGAUUCAGCGCAUUGUUUUGUUGCGGUCUUUGGAGUGUUCAAUCGCAUCACAUUCCCCGCCUUUGUUCGAUAGUCCUCUGUCAUUCAUGAUAUUGGUCUUUGCAGGUAUCUCAACAACGCUGUUUGCCAUCGCUCUCGACACGGCCUUCUACACACCGCACUCGAUAACCUGGUUGGACCUUGUAAGAAGACCUGUAUUGACGCCGCUCAACAACUUUCUUUACAACAUUGACCCGGAAAACUUGGCUCAACAUGGAUUGCACCCGUGGUACCAACAUUUGCUUGCCAACCUUCCACAGCUGAUCGGGCCAGCCGCCGUGCUUCUCUUCACCCGACCGCAAUGCUCUAUACGACUGUACUCUGCUAUCUCAGGCCUUGUCGUUCUCUCCCUAUCAAAGCAUCAGGAAGCAAGAUUCCUCCUCCCGACAGUCCCUCUCAUCUUAUCUUCCAUUCGACUUCCGAAACGAAAGUCGGCCUUGCGCAUUUGGCUGGGGUCCUGGAUUGUGUUCAACCUCGUGUUGGGCAUAUUAUUUGGGGUUUAUCACCAAGGUGGUAUCGUGCCAGCGCAAGUAUUCCUGAGCAAGCAGCCUGAUGCUACCCAAGCAAUUUGGUGGAAGACGUAUAUGCCACCAACCUGGCUUCUAAACGGGAAGAACGAGGUCCUCACCACACGAGAUGUUAUGGGAAUGAAGGGCGAGAUAUUGCUCGAGGAACUGGAGAAAAUUGCCACAUGCGAUAUCCCCGCGGACAGGAGGAGCAAUGAAUAUCUGAAGGAGAAGAACGGAACAUAUCUGGUGGCGCCUCUUUCGGCUGCAUGGCUAGACCCUUACCUACCGAACAAGGGCCUGGACGGACUACGAUUUCGGGAGGUAUGGCGAUAUCGGCAGCAUUUGAACCUGGAUGAUAUGGAUUUUGGUGAUGACGGCGUUUGGAAUACCCUGACUAGAGUAAUUGGGAGGAGGGGCCUCGGGAUAUGGAGGGUUACCAAAAGUUGUCCCAAGUAGGGCUGAUAGAGUGGUAUGGCGGAAUGAUUGGUCAACGGCGGCCGUCUAAUUCUACAGCGUUUUCUAUAAAAUGGCUGUAUCUUAAUGGAAUUCAAGACGUCCUCAAGAAACAAUGAAUGAAGCUUG